UCUCAAGGAUAAAAACAAAUGAACAGAACACCAAACUUAUAGCUACUGUAGCAGCUCCACAGAGACUGUGUCCUACACUCUCUCUGACUGGGACGGACCUUUAGUUCCCCACACCCUGUAGGAGGGAGACUGGAUCCCAGCUUAUAAGUUGGCUGUAUGUAGCUGCAGCAUUGACUUAGAGAUAUUAUUUGGGGGCAGAAUGACUUCAGCAAUUCCGGCACUCUUUUUCUGCAUUUUGGCAUGUGGAGCUGUGGGACCACUGUCACAACUUCCUAGGAGCGUCCUGUUAAAGAGAACAGUGAGCUCACAAGUUUCCCCUCAGGUCAAUGCUAGGCUCUACCAGCACUUCGACACUACCCAAUCUGUAGAACAGACGUCUGCAGAAUUCCACAGCGUUGAGAGUUUUCAGCAGCAAGUUGGUGAGGAUUUGAUGAAGCAAUCCUUGCUGCAGCUUCCACAGAACAGUUACAGCAAUAUCCAGGCACAAGAACGGUGGAAGAGCGAGAUUACAGGUCCAGACCCGUCUCCAAAGGUAAAUGAUCUGACAUCAUGGUGGCGACACAGAGCUGUACCUGUUACAUCCAUGCAGUCUGCAGAAGACACAAAGGUUUUUUUCAGCGCUGCAGCUGCAGCAACAAGGUCAAACUGCAAGAAUCGACCCAUAGACCUGGUCUUUAUUCUAGACAGUUCUCGCAGUGUUCGUCCAGCUGAGUUUGAGAAGGCCAAGGAAUUCCUACAAGUUGUGGUGGACAGUUUGGAAAUUGGGUCUGAUGCUACACGGGUAGCUCUUGUCAACUAUGCUAGCGCAGUAAAGAUUGAGUUCCUGCUAAGCACAUAUUUUGACAAGUCUGCCCUAAAGCAGGCACUAGCCCAGGUUGAUCCCCUUGCUUCAGGUACCAUGACAGGCCUGGCAAUUAAGACUGCAAUGGAGAAGGUUUUCACAGCGGAAGCGGGGGCCAGAGUCAACUCUGGCGACAUUGCUAAAGUGGCUAUCAUAGUGACAGAUGGACGCCCACAGGACAGGGUGGACGACGUGGCAGCCGCAGCUCGUGCUUCUGGUAUUGAGAUGUAUGCAGUUGGAGUGGACAGAGCUGACAUAUUGAGCCUUCGUCUGAUGGCCAGCCAACCACACGACGACCAUGUCUUCUACGUGGAGAACUACGGUGUGAUGGAGAAACUCACGUCUAAGUUUAGGGAAACCUUGUGCGGUGAGGAUGUCGAUCACAGAAGUGCAGAAACCACAGAGGAUGGUGGAAAGGGAUUGGACGCUUGUGCAAUGGGAAACAACUGUCAGCAUAUAUGUGUGAGCAGCAGAAGGUCAUAUUACUGCAAGUGUCGCUCAGGCUAUGUCUUAAACCAGGACAAGAAAUCCUGCUCACUGAUAGAUAUGUGUGCCCAGGGACACGACUGCCAGCACAUUUGUAUCAACAGCGGUGACUCGUACAUCUGCAAGUGUAAAGUGGGUUAUGUCCUGAACAGGGAUAAGAAAACAUGCUCAGUCAUGGGGUCAGCUGUUUCAGGCUCAGAUGUAUGCGCUCAGGGACAUAACUGUCAGCAGGUUUGUAUCAACAAUGGUGAUUCCUUCAGCUGCAACUGUCGAGUGGGAUAUGUGUUGAACGCAGACCAGAUCACAUGCUCAGAGAAACUGAGAGGUGAAGUGGAACAAAAUCUCUGUACGUGUGAAGCUCAGCUUGGUUUCCAGACGAGAAUAUUGAUAGGUAUUCAGGAGCUGAGCAGAAAACAUAUCCUUUUCGAUGGUGUGAUUUUGUCACCAGUCCAAUGUCAUUUUCAGUUGCCGUCCGGUCACAUGGUAAAUAUGAUUAAUCGAGGCGGGUACCGUUAAAAUUUUUAUGAUGUCCUGUGCUGUACAGCUACUUAGCUAAACCUUAUUACCUACGGUCAAAUGUAUUCAUUGAUGAAUCAACUAUUUAGUCAGUGGUUCGUAAUUAUUUCCUGCCA